UGAUUAAGGAAAAGACAUCGUCCUUGACUGCCACAGGCAUCACGGAGGAGGUGAUAAGCAAUGGAAAUUAUUGCCCGUGUGUACUCGUAUCGCUUCCACCUGUUGCAUUCAAAGCAUUGCGUUUCACUUGAAAAUUAUUAGCCUCAUUGUCAAAAGUCAUGUUGAAAUCUAAUUAAUAAAAUCACUCACACUUGGCCAGAUAGAGGUUCUUCUCUUUUUCUCUCCUCACAACAGCUAGUACUUCUCUUUUGUAGCAGGAACUCACUAAGUGCUGGUGCUUAAUAUGGUGGUAGAUAUUGGCAGAUUUUUUAUUAUGCUAUGUAAUAAAUAUAAAACUAAUAUGUUUUGUUAUGCUAUGAAAUAAACACGCAAUUAAUAUGUUCUUAAUUUAUAGGUGUCUGGAUGGCAGAUCAUUCAACCUUCUCUUUCUUGAGUUGUCUACUCUGCCAUUAUCUUCCACUCAUUUCUGCUUCCUUUUGUGAUUCAUUUAUAGAAAGGGAAGUGGAGUCGAGUAAAAUCCCCCCCGACAUCGUGCAAGUAUACAUUAAUGAUUGUACUGUAAAAAACAUCACAUACAACAAGAACGAUCUUCAAAGACUCCGUUUACUCAACCUCUCCUCUAAUUGUAUCAGGACUUUGCCAAAUGAUGUUCUUUCACAUCUGAAAAAGAAAUGCCUGAAAGAGCUUCCAAGAUUCCUUCUUAACUCUACCCUACAAGGAAUUACGCUGGUCUGCACCUGUGAAUUCAUUAAGGGCCACACCACACUACUAAACACUGCUUGUGCAGAAAUGUUGAAAAGCUGUGGAAAUACUUCAUUGGCCGUUUCUAUAGGACUUUCCCUUCUUUUACUGUUGUUGAUCUGUGGAAUUGGGUGUGUUUGGCACUGGAAACACCAUAACCCAGUGCAAUUUACCUUACCAAGGUUUUUGCAGAGGAGAAGCAGCAGGAGAAAAGACUAUGCUAAAACGCUCUCAGAUCCCCUCACUGUCAGCUCAAGGCAUAAAAUCUCAGUUCAGACCCAAGACUAUACAUCUACUGGGAGAGGGGUUAACAUGUAUGACAACUAUGAAAAUGUGCAAGUCGGUCCUCCCAGAGCUAAAGAAGAAACUGAUAAGGAACUAUAUGAGAACACUCGGCCCACCAAUUUCGAGGAGCAUAUCUAUGGAAAUGAGACAUCAUCUCAAUAUUACAACUUCCAGAAGCCUAGCACUUCUGAAGUCUCUCAAGAUGAAGACAUAUAUAUUCUUCCAGAUUCAUAACUUUUCAAAACACUGGGUUCAGUUAUUAGAGGAUAAAUAUUCACUGGGACUUUUAUUGUACUUAUGCCAUUGUUAAUCCUGUUCUUCGAGUGAAACUCAACGAUCUUUUGUCUGUCUCCACCCUUCUGAACCUUCUCUCUGUGUAUCACUGUGGGUUAAUUCCAGGGAUCCCCUUUACCCUCAUUUUGCUAGAUUAAUUCUGCAUUGUGUUAUAUUGAUUCUUCCUUCUGUUACCUGUUAUCUUUUUCUUUUAUUUCUCUCUCUACCAUCUUUUCUGGCUCAAGAUUGCUGUCAGUCUCCUAACAAGUCUUUCUGGCUCUAGUGUCUACACAUUCACCCAUGAUGUUGCCAGAUUUAUCUUCAGAAAAUAUUUCGAAUGCUGCAUCACUCCUUUGCUGAAACCUCUUAGUGUCUCCUCUUUGCAAACGACAUACUAUUUAUAAUUUUUUUUAAUUUUUAAAAUGUUUUAAAUUUAUUUUUCAAAGAGAGAGAGAGACAGAGUACAAGUGGGAGAGGGGCAGAGGGAGAGGGAGACAGAAUCCACAAAGCAGGCUCCAGGCUCUGAGCUGUCAGCACAAAGUCCAAAACGGGGCUCAAACCCGUGAACCACAAGAUCAUGACCUGAGCCAAAGUCAGAUGCUCAACCAACUGAGCCACCCAGGCGUCCCAAUGUACUAUUUAUAAUCUAACUCUAGGACUUAUGAUUUCCCACAGUUGGUUCCAGUUUACUUUUCCAGUGACUCCUAGUAAUUUCUCACUUGACUGCUUUCCUCAUAAUCAUAUGAGAAUUGCCAGACCCAUCCCUCCUCCAUGGCUUUGUUGGUCUGCCCCCUUUCAAGCCUGCCUCGUAUGGUAACUUCUUCCACAUGUCUUCUGAGUUAUUCCAAACCUGCCUUUACCUUUUUCUUUUCUUAUUUCCUAUAGAUUUUUCUGCCUGUUUAAGUCUCUGGGAAUUCAAACAUAUGAAUGUUUUCUAUGGCAUUUUACUAUUUAAUGUCAUAUGAGAAUGUCUUAAAUUCCUUGCUAAGUAAUAAGGAAGUGCCUCAUAUUCAUAUUUUAACUCCAGUGCCUAGACCAUUAUAUGAGGCAAUCAGUAUUGGUCAAUUGACAAGAAUUAAGGUGUGUAUUUUGCUCAGCAGUUUGGAGAAAAAUCUAAUAAAUUCAUUCAUUCAAGAAAUAUUUUUCAAGUACCAUCUAUGUACUUUUACUCGGCACAUGGAAGGGGUAAAACGUAUAAAGAAAGACAUGGGUCUUGAAUGCAUAUUGUCUAGUAGGAAAGAAAAGAAAAUAAACAAAUAUGCUACUUCUUAAGCUGUAGUAUCUUAUCCCUGAAGUCUUCCUUUUAUCUGCUGUCCUGAAUUGAUCAGGCUGAGACUCUGCAAGCUGUAUUUUUCCUUUGCCAAGUGGACCCAUAUAGGGCUCUGUUCAAAGGGAGCACCGUGGAAGACUGGUAGACGAUUGGAACCAAAAGGGACUUACUCUUUCUCCUUGCGGCCCCGGCAGGGACCAUUGCCAUGUAAUUUACUCCAGCAUCACCAGUUCUUUGCAUUUUCUAGUUUCUUCCGGCAUUCCCAGAAUCAGCUCAAUUGCACACUGUCAGAGGUAAUGAGCUCACCUUAGAAUCUGAGAGGCAGCUCUUCAGAGCCUCCUCUGGAGGAGACAGAUGAGACCCUCUGAGCUUCAAGUCCAAGCCCGAGGCAUGGGUGCUCUCUCCUGCAGUCACUGUCUUUGUGGCACCUCGGUGUCCUCUUUAUAUCCUUCCAGUCAACUAAUACCUUUUUGCUAAUUCUCUGUAUUAAAUUCUCCCUCUUAAACUGGUAAGCUUUCUGUUUCCCAGGGUGGACCCCAGUAUACAAAUAAAAAUGCUUUGAAGAAAAAAAAAAAAAAACUUUUGUUUUUGAGAGCAAUAGGGUUGGGUAGGGAAGAAUUUUAAUGGAAUGGUCAAAAGAGGCCUCUCUGAAGACACACUUAAGAUGGGACUUAAGGUGAAAGGAGUUAUCCGUGAAAGUGUGAGAUGGGUAGGGGUGUGAAAAGCUUUUGCAUUUAAUUUAGACAGGGGUGGCUGCAGUGCAGAUAAAGCCAUUGACAUAGCUACCUUAAUCUUUGGAGGAACUGCCACAGGACUUACUGAUGGACUCAGUAUGUAUGUUUGGUAGGGAAGGGUUAAGAUUGGGGAUUGUAACAGAGAAGUCUAGAAGAACCACCUUAUUUCUGGCUGGAGCAGCAGGGGCAAUUAUAAAGCAUUUCAGUGAGAUGAGGAAGACUUACAGUGGAAACUGUUUUGGAGGCUGUGUCAGGCAUGACUUGGGCUCCCAGUAACAGAAAAGCUGACUACAUUGACUUAGACAUGUACACCUUCAUUUAUUUCAAAUAAUGUGGACACUGAAGUGAGGCACUUGAAGGCUAGCGUAUUAGGCUAACAGUACCAUCAGCAAUCCAUGUUCUUUCUCUAUUUUCUCUCUGCCAUCCUUAGUGCUGUAAGUUUCAUCCUCAUUUGUAUUAGCUCAUGAUCACCAAAUGAUUGUGGAACGUGCAAGCCUUACAUUUGUGUUCUGGUCCUGAAGGAUAAAAGGAAAAGACCACAUCAGGAGAUACCUAUUUAUAUGUCAUUGACCAGAAUGGUGUUACAUGCAUACAUGGAUACAACCAGGUAUGAGUGGAGGAGAAAUUGAAUUUUGACCUUUGAUAGCCUCAUAGGAAAGGAGCCAAGGGAAAAAGAAAGUUGUAAAUAGAAUUUAAGUCAGUCAACCUACUACCAAAGGGGAAAAAUCAAUUUUGGACCUGUUUAUUCUGACAUGUCCUGACACCCAAGUAAAAAUCCCCAAUUUGCAGUUGUAUAUACACAUUUGAAAUUUGGAGGAGAGCUCCUAAGUGGAUAUGUACAUUUGAGAGCCAUCAGCAAGCAUUUAGGUGGUAUCUAGAGGAACAGGGAUUUAUGUGAUGACCUGGAGCAAAGAGUAGAGAACCAAUAGAAAAAGGGAUGCAAUGCAGAAGUCCCCCUCAAACUGCAGUAUUCUGAUGUUAGGUCAAUGAGGAGAAUAUAGCAA